AUGGUUCUUCUGGUUGCCUUGCUCCUGCUGCUGGCUCUCCUGUCUUUCUGGAAGGUAGCAAAGGGGAAGCUGGAACCCCAGUUCAACUACCCCAAGAGCCUGCCUUCACUGCCAGUCAUUGGCAGUCUUUUGCAUCUUAUUGGACACCCCCAGCUCCACCUCUUUUUCUGCAGACUGCAACAGAAGUAUGGCACUGUCUAUGCUCUCUAUAUGGGCUCCCACUAUGUGGUGGUGGUCAACAACUACAUCCAUGCCAAGGAAGUGCUGCUUAAGAAAGGAAAGAUCUUUGCUGGGAGGCCCCAUACGGUCACCACAGACUUGCUGACAAGGAAUGGGAAAGACAUUGCCUUUGCUUCUUAUAGCCCUGUCUGGAAAUUUCAGCGCAAGUUAGUGCAUUCUGCACUUUCCAUGUUCGGGGAAGGCACUCUGCUCCUGGAAAGCAUCAUCUGUCAAGAAGCAGCAUCCCUAUGCAAAACACUGACUCUGGAGCAGGAUACUCCCCUGGACAUGGCACCUGAAUUGACACGUGCUGUUACUAAUGUGGUGUGUUCCCUUUGCUUCAAUUCAUCCUACCAUCGUGGAGACCCCGAGUUUGAGGCCAUGCUCCAAUACAGUCAAGGCAUUGUAGACACCGUGGCCAAGGAGAGCCUUGUGGAUAUCUUCCCAUGGCUUCAGUUCUUUCCCAAUAAGGACUUGGCCAUGCUGAAGCAGUGUGUGGAAAAGAGAGACCAGCUCCUGCAACAGCAGUAUGCAGAACAUAAAGAAACAUUCAGUAGUGAUUCAGUCACUGACUUAAUGGGCUCACUCCUGAGAGCCAAGCUGAACAUGGAGAAUAACAACAGCUAUCAUUUGCCUGGGACAGAACUGACAGAUGACCACCUACUCAUGACUGUGGGUGACAUCUUUGGGGCUGGUGUCGAGACCACCACUACUGUGCUGAAGUGGACUGUGUUGUAUCUUCUGCACUACCCAGAGGUGCAGCAAAAGAUCCAAGAGGAACUUGAUCAGAAAGUAGGCUUUGAUAGAUAUCCCCAGCUCAGUGACCGCCGGCACUUGCCUUACUUGGAGGCCACCAUUAGUGAGGUUUUGCGUAUCCGCCCUGUCUCUCCACUUCUCAUCCCACAUGAAGCACUGGCAGAUACAAGCAUCGGAGGGUAUGACAUCCCUAAAGGAGCUCGAGUUGUUAUCAAUCUCUGGUCUAUUCACCAUGAUGAGAAAGAAUGGGAUAAGCCAGGGGAAUUUAAUCCAGGUCGUUUUCUGGAUGAACAAGGGAACAGACUCUACUCUCCUUCACCUAGCUACCUACCAUUUGGAGCUGGCAUCCGAGUCUGCGUGGGAGAAACACUGGCCAAGAUGGAGCUUUUCCUCUUUCUGUCUUGGAGCUUGCAAAGAUUCACAUUCAGUGUUCCUGAAGGCGAAAUGCUUCCUGCCCCAGAGGGAAAAUUUGGGGUUGUACUUCAAGUACCAAAGUUCAAGGUGAAAGCCACACUACGGGAAGGUUGGCAGGGUCUGGUAAUAGAGCAGUGA